AUAUAUAUAUAUUUGUAUCCUCUCUAUAUAUAUAGCUCUCACACCCAUCUUUCUCUUCACAACCCUCUUUGAUCUCCUCUCUUGAUAUAUCUCUCUCGCAGAUCUUCAGCGAAGAAGCUUUUGUUUUUGUUGCUCUACAAAUGGCCAGUGUUGAGGUUGAAUCAGCUCCCACAACAUUACCAGAGAGCGAGGCGCCACCGGCAACCAAGCCAGUGGCUGAAGAGAAAACCACACCAGAAGAGCCAGUGGCUGCGGCGCCAGCUGAGGUAGAAGCCGUUCAAGAGCCAGAAGCACCAGCGGAGGAAGCUCCAGCUAGCGAGCCGGAAGAACCAGCCGCCGCGGCCCUAGAACCCGAAUCUGUCCCCGAACCCGAACCCGAACCGGAAACCAAAGAAGUCGUUGAAGAAGAAGCCAAGCCCGAGGCAGAACCAGAAGAAAAAGGAACAGACGAAAAACCAGCAGAGCCAGUUGCAGAGGAGGAAGCACCGGUGACGGCGGAUGCUCCGGCGGAGGAAGAGAAGCCAACUGAAGCUGAACCAGAAGCCAGCACAGAAGUUCCAGUGGAGAAGACAGAGGAAUAAGCAGUGAGAAAAUCAGAGAAGGUUGAGGAAGAUCCAUUUCUAGAUUUCAUUUCAUUAUUAUUAUCAUUAGCUUUUCAUGGUUUAUGUUUUUCUUUUUCUUGAAGAAUUUGAAUUGGGACCCUUUUUGAAUUUGGAGAGCUAGAAUACGUUUUUACAGUACUUUGGGUCCAUAUAUAUAAUCAGAGAACCUUCCUCCACAUUUGCAUAUAUAAUAUAUAUACACAUAUAUAUAUAUAUAUAUAGCCAUAGGAGAGGAAGGAAGUUUGUUUGAGGGUCUGGUAUUUGGGAUGUUAGAAUGUUUGAUUGAUCUUUAUUGGCUUCUCCAAGAAGAAGGGUUCAUAUGAGAGUUUGAUGUUGUGUGAUAAUGGAGGUUUGAUCUCUUGAUUUUAAAUAAAAUGGUUUUGUACCAUAUCUUUUUGUUUC